AUGUUGGCCACCUUUGCCGCUAACAACGAGUUUUUCAGGAAGCGCAAAAGAGUCCACCGCGCAUGUGAAUCAUGCAAGAAGCGGAGAAAGCGCUGCAGCCACACUUUUGACGACGAGGGCAGUACUUUUGAAGACGACAAGGCCAGUACUGGAAUCGGAAGCUCUUCCCAAAGUGGACACGCACCCAACCAUACCUCAGAUCCUCGUGGGCCUUCUGCGAACGGGCAUUACCAUGCCCAAGAUCCAAGAGGGCCCCGUGGGGACCUGCAUUCUCACGGCCAUGCCCAGUCCACAAUGCCGCCGUCACAAAGCCCGGCCUCCGACCAAACCGCCCAGACUCCACCAAACUUCUUGGGCUACCUGAACCCAGAAGCUGUCUUGCGAGAGCAAGUCCAUUCGGAGCGAGGAAAGACAGCAUCAUCGCCCGGCCCACCUCCUAUCGGCCAAUGGGUUGAGGAGCGAGACCAGAGGCCAAAUUCGACGCAGAUAGGGCCCCAUACUGCGCGUAUCGUCGAAACAGGACCGCAGUCUAACCAAGAAUCUCAAAUAUCCCGCGCUCUCUUGACGUAUCUGGAAGCUGUCGGGGUAGAUAUUCUGCCCUCCCGGGCAAACCAAACUGCCCUUCUUGAGAUUUACUUCAACUACGUUCAUCCCCUGCUGCCACUGGUGGAUAAGGAUCUCUUUUACGAGCAAUACAACCAUGGCCGAGAACCUAGGAUACUGAUGCAAGCAAUCUGCAUUGUGGCAUCGAAGCACGCAACCGCUGCAAAACACCUAUACCUAGGAAACACUGCUCAGCCAAUGAACCCGCGCGAGUUUUCACAGAGACUGUACAAUGCCGUCAUAGUCGGAAUUGAAGCAAAGCUCGAAAAGAACCGUGUCGUGCUCAUUCAAGUACUCGCUUUGAUAUCACUCCACUGCGAAGGACCAGAUGGCGCUGAGCAAGCUUCGAUGCAUCUUGCUCAAGCUAUACAUCAUGCUCACACAUUCGGUCUCCAGUUUGGUCACCAGUGGAAGAAUCAGAGCUCCGAGUCGCAAGGCAACCUGGAAGAUGUCUUUUGGUGUUUGUGGAGUCUUGACAAGAUCAAUGCCUGCAUGAAUGGACGUCCUCUACUUAUGCAUGACCGAGACAAUAGCUUGAGGCAGCUGCCAUCGGAUCCCGAGAAGCGGUCGAGCCCUUUUGGUAUCUGGCUUCAGAUAUCAGAGAUGCUGGACAAGGUCAUUGAUUACUACCGGCCUGGUAGAGCAGCCGAAGAGACGGGUUGGGAAGGCGAUGACUUUCUGGGAUUCGAGGAGAUGGUUGGAGAUGGUGAAGACAAACUCGAUGGUCCGAUUAUGAGUCUUUUGUCACUGUUCCACCAUACCAUGUGCAUGGCUUCACACAAGUCACUUUCGAUUAAUGCCCCAGUCAAGUCGACACCUUCGUAUGUUCGCCAGAGUCUGUCAGCAACAAGAGUCAUCCAUCUUCUCAACGCCGAAUCUCCUGAGCUCCUUCCGCCACUACCCAUUGUUCCGUAUGCGCUCGGAGUAGCUCUCAGCGUAGUAUACCGCCACUUCCGGUCCCGCCGUCUCAAGGUCCACGUCAAUCGCGCUACUGAAGAACUGAAGCAGUGUGUACGUCUGCUCGAUCGUCUACGUAACGCAUGGUGGGCAGCAGGCACAAUGGCCGAUCUCGGACGAGCAGUCCUCAGCAACGCAGCCGGCCGCAACACCACAACUGCUAAUACGCCCAUGCCCGUAACAUCAGAGCCCCGUCACCCCGAAUCCAAGACUGGCCCUCCAACACCACAGAACCCACAAAACACCCAAGCCCCACCCUCUAAUCAGCCCCAACACUGGCAACAAGAUAUGGAAACUCGCAUCGACCCCCGUCUCCAACACAACCAGCAGCCUCAUUCCCACGCAAACUCACCCAUGACUAGUCUUCUGAAUCCUAUACCACCAACACCUGGCCAGCACCCAACGAGCAGCGAGCGCGCCGAUCGAGCGCCCUUGACGGGUCCUCCAGCGGGCUUCGGCUUCGCAGAGCAAUCACCCGACUGGCUCAAUUUCGACGCUGCGUUUGAGAAUUUCGAGGGCUUGUUGGGGAGUUCGGGCGCGGACCUGAGUAAUGAGUUGUUUAAGCCGUUGGGGUAUGAGACGCUUGAGGGAUUUUUGGAUCCUGCUGCUUGA